AUGACUCACAUUUUACACAAUCAUCCAGCUUCAGCUAUGCCCAUUGCAAGUGCAUCACCACACAUGAGCCAAGCUGCGCCAGCAGACAGCUUAAAUUCUUCAUCCCCCCUGAAGUCCUCAGUUGUGCGUUCCCAGACAGCGGAGAUCGAUAAUACUAUUAUUCACCCUGGCGCAGUGAAGAUCAAUGUCAAAGGGGCUUUCAUUGUCGACCAAGAUUCCACAAUACCCAACGCAAAUCAUGCGGCCGCAACGGCUAAUGGGGGCUGCCAUGAUACCCAAGAUAUCAGACUGCCAAACCACACGGCCGUUGUCAGCCACAUUGCAGUAGAUAUUGGGGGCUCUCUAGCGAAACUGGUCUACUUUUCGCGGGAGUUACACUCACGAGAACCAGGAGGUCGCCUCAAUUUUAUUAAUUUCGAGACGGAGCACAUAGAUGACUGCGUUGAAUUCAUGAAGCAGCUGAAGUUGAAGCAACAGCGCCUUAAUGGAUCACGGCCCGGCGAACUAUGCGUUAUGGCAACAGGUGGAGGUGCCUAUAAAUUCUAUGACAAGAUUAGGGAGGCUUUAGGGGUUGAUGUUUUGCGUGAAGACGAAAUGGAAUGCCUGAUCAUCGGGCUUGAUUUCUUCAUUACUGAAAUACCACGCGAAGUCUUUACCUACAGCGAAUCAGACCCAAUGCGCUUCGAAGAGCCACGAUCUGAUAUUUAUCCUUACCUUCUUGUAAAUAUUGGCUCAGGAGUAAGCUUAAUAAAGGUCUCAGGGCCUCGAACUUAUCAGAGAGUCGGCGGAACUUCCCUCGGAGGCGGGACACUCUGGGGUCUUCUCUCACUUCUCACCGGCGCAAGAACCUUUGAUGAAAUGCUAGGGAUGGCUGAGCGCGGCGAUAACUCCAACGUUGAUAUGUUAGUGGGUGACAUCUAUGGUACAGACUAUGGAAAAAUCGGGUUAAAGAGCAGUACGAUUGCCUCAUCAUUUGGUAAGGUCUUCAAGAUGAAGCGUGAGGCAGAGCGCGAAGCAGAAGAUAGCGGUGGUCUCACAAAUCGAGAUUCAUUUUCUGAUUUCUCGUCACCACCUUCCUCCCCAGCCUCUGCUAAAUCACCCUCUUUCUCAGCCAACGAUAUAUCUCGGUCUCUCCUCUACGCUAUCUCCAACAACAUAGGCCAAAUAGCUUAUCUACAGUCAGAAAAGCAUUCGCUCUCGACUAUCUACUUUGGUGGAUCAUUUAUACGUGGGCAUCGACAGACGAUAAACACAUUAAGCUAUGCUAUCAAGUUCUGGAGCAACGGCGAGAAAAGAGCCUACUUCCUUCGUCAUGAAGGCUUCUUAGGUGCUGUCGGCGCCUUUCUCAAACGCCAGCCGCCCAACUGGGGCCGACGAAAUAGUCUAGAGGCUGAGGUUAGUAUGCAUUUUGGAACUGAAGCUAACUCAACAGCGCCCACUAAGAACAAUUUGACCUCGGACCAUGCGUGA